GUGACACAAGGGAGACCUGAGAUUUAAUUCCCCAGCUUGGCUCUUACAACUGUCAACCCAAACCAAAGCUCUCCUGAACAUCCCAUUAAAUGGUUAUCGGUGAUUAAUACUCUAAGGAUUAGAGAGCCUAUAAAUGCUCAGCUCAGAUAUAAGACUGCCAAAAAAAGUUCUUCAAGCUGGAUCAAGGAUACUCACCAACAUCUUGAUUAAAUGAGCAACACUAGGAGUUGUGGGAUUCCAAAAAAUCAAGGCAGGCUCAAGACUUUCUUCCACGGGCAAGCUCCUUGCUUCUUCAAAGCAACAUGGUUCAGCUGACCUCCACAAGCAACAACAUUGCCAGUUACAUUCACGUGACUUUUAUAUCUUUGAUCACUGUUUGUCUUUGCUUCUUCUUGUACUUCAUCGUUGUGGUAUUCAACAUCUUCUUCACCAGUCCACAACUCCGGGAGAAUGCUCGUUAUGUCCUCUUUGUCUACAUGCUUGUGAAUGACACGUUUUUUCUCCUGUCUGGUUUCUUUUUGAUGCUAUGUGCAAUUUAUCUUCUGUACAUGCCCAUACCGGUUUGCUACAUUUUGAACACAGUUUCAUUCUUGUCUUUUCGAGUGACCCCAACCACCCUGGCAGCCAUGGCACUAGAAAAAUACAUAGCCAUAUGUCACCCAUUACGACACAAGGACCUGUGCACCCCACAAAGAGCCAAUGUGGCUUUUACCCUCAUAUGUGCAGCACUGAUGAUUCCAAAUGCUGCUGACUUAGGUCUUAUGGCUUCAUCAUAUAGAACUACAGUUAAUAUUUCUAUCAUAUGUAGAAGGGAAAACCUGUUUGUGAAUCCAUUUCAAUAUGUUUUAAGGUCCCUUAGUUUUGCUUUGUGUUUUGCUUCGGUGGCCAUUAUCAUAUUUUUCACAUACGUCAAGAUCUCGAUGGUUGCUCAUAGAGUUAGCUCACAGUCUUCUAAUGCCUCCAAAGCCAAGAAAACCAUCUUGCUCCACACCUUUCAGCUACUCCUAUGCACAAUGUCUUUAUUGUCGACAUUCACUGAAGCUUUGCCUGCCAGUCAAGCCAUAUUUUUACCCGGGUUCAACUUCUUUUUUUUCAGUUGUGUGCCAAGGUUCCUCAGUCCAGUCAUCUAUGGGAUCCGGGAUAAAUAUUUGAGGGAACUUAUUAAGAAGUCUUUAACAAAGAUAAAAUUGUAAGCUUGUCUUGAUUUGGUCUUAAUAAACAAAAUAAAACAGA